AAGUACGGGGACUAACCAUAUUCUGCCUAGAAACAUCAUCUUCCAUCUGUCUUCAGAUAUCUUCUCACCUGCAAAGCCUAUCACCCUAUCGGCUGACAGUCAUGAGAAUCCUUUUCCUCCUUGUUGCUGUUCUCUUCUUCCUCUUCCAGGCUGCUCCAGCUCACAGCCAAGAAGCUGCUGAUACUGUAGCAUGCAGGCAAAACCGGGGUUCCUGCUCGUUUGUUGCAUGCUCUGGACCUUUGGUUGACAUUGGGACGUGCCGCGGCGGGAAGCUGAAAUGCUGCAAAUGGUAG